GGAGAGCAAAAGAGCCUUCUUUCUUCUUCUUCUUCGCUGCCUUUCAUCAACUACGUGUCGACCUCUGCGGUAUUCAAUCAAAAAAGAGAAACCCCUUUUCAUUUCGCCCAGCCGAUUAAGCGGUGUCGUCCAACCACGACGCUUUUCUUCCCCAACAGGCGCCCUCGCAGCAUCAUGCGCGCCGUCGUGGCCCUCGCCCUCCUCGCGGCGGUGAUCUUCACCGUCUGCAACGUGGUCUCCGCAGAGCCGGUGGUGACCGACAAGGUCUUCUUCGACAUCACCAUCGGCGACGAACCCGCCGGCCGCAUUGUGAUCGGUCUCUUCGGCAAAGAGGUGCCCAAGACGGCGGCGAACUUCAGGCAGCUCUGCACGGGCGAGCACGGCUUCGGCUACAAGAACUCCAUUUUCCACCGCGUCAUUCAGAACUUCAUGAUCCAGGGCGGCGACUUCACCAACUUCGACGGCACCGGUGGUAAGUCGAUCUACGGCGCCAAGUUCGAGGACGAGAACUUCAACGUUAAACACUUCGUCGGCGCGCUCUCCAUGGCCAACGCGGGCGCGAACACCAACGGCUCGCAGUUCUUCAUCACGACGGCCGCGACGCCGUGGCUGGACGGGCGUCACGUCGUGUUCGGUAAGGUGGUGGACGGCAUGGACAUCGUGCGCCGCAUCGAGCGCACCAAAACGAAUAACCGCGAUCUCCCGGUCAAGACGGUGAAGGUGGUGGACAGCGGCGUCGUGGCGUAG